AUGAAGGACGCAGCCUCGGUCGCCCCCGAGGAAGAUCCGACGGUCGAUGGCGCCGAGGAGGCCGAGCCGACGCCGACGCCGACGCCGACGCCGACGCCCGCGUCGGAGCGAACGCGCACCGGCAACGUCGAGGACCUCCUCUCGCGCACGCGCGGCGGCCCGCCCCUCUUCUUCUCGCCGUCCGCGGGCGACCUCACCCUCGCACCGCCGGACGUCUCCAAGCCCCUCAUGCUCUACGUCCCCGGUCUCGACGGAACCGGCUUCGCCGCGUCGACCCAGUUCGACCGCCUGGAGCGAAGCUUCGACCUCAAGGCGAUGCACGUGCCGCCCACGGACAGGUCAGACUUCGAGACGCUCGUGGAAACCAUCGCGACGUUUCUGGAAGAGGAGACCGCGCGACGCGAAGCCGCGGGGGAGAAGCCGCGACCCGCGGACGGGUCCGUGUACCUCCUCGGCGAGUCCAUGGGCGGGCUCCUCUCCCUCGGGGUGGCGCUGCGCAGGCCGGAUUUGGUGGAUAGACUCGUCCUCGUCAACCCGGCGUCGUCGUUCGACAGGUCGCCGUGGCCGUCCGUCGGGCCGCUGCUCCCGUCGCUUCCGGAGGAAAUCUACGGCGGCGUACCUUACGCGUUGGCGCCGGUGCUCUUCGAACCCGCCGCGCUCAUCACCGGCGGGCUCGACGCCGUGGCGAGGGCUGUGAUCGGCGAUUCCAUCGCCGCGCUCGUCGACGCGUUGGGGUCGCAGUUUCCGACGCUCGGAGCGCUGACCGCGGUCAUCCCGCGCGACACCCUGGCGCACCGGCUUUCGGUGCUCGCGGCCGGGUGCGAGGUGGUGAACGCCCCCGGCGCGCUUCGGUCCAUCGACGUUCCCGCGCUUUGCGUCGCGAGCUCGGAGGAUCUGCUCAUCCCCAGCGGCGACGAGGGCCCGAGACUCCGCCGGGAGAUGCGACGGUGCGCGGUCGAAGUCCUGGAGGGCGCCUCGCACGCGGCGCUCCAGAAGGACGAGUGCGACCUUCUGGAGGUGAUGGCCAGGAACGGUUUCAAGCCAAGGGCGGCGCAGGACCCGCCGCCGCUCUCGAACGACGAGGGGUUCAUGCCGCCGUCCGCCGCGGAGCUCGAGAGGGCUUUCGAAUCCCUGGAGCCGCUCCGAAGGAUCACGUCGCCCGUGUUCUUCUCAACCAAGGCGAACGGGCAGAUCGUCCAGGGCAUCGACGCCGUGCCUUUGGGCACGAAAGGCGCGCCCGUGCUCCUGGUGGGCAACCACCAGACGCUGGCGCCGGAUCUCGGUUUCCUGGUGCAGGAAUUUAUCCGAGAGCGGGGGACGCUCGUCAGGGGGCUGGCGCACCCGGUCGGCGGCGCGCCCGGCGGCGCUCCCGGCGGCGUCGGCAUGUUCACCACCUUCGGCGCCGUGCCCGUGUCCGGUAUGAACUUUUACAGGCUGCUUGACGCGGGCGAGACUGUGCUCCUCUUUCCCGGCGGCGUCCGCGAGGCGUUUAAGAGGAGAAACGAAGAGUACAAGCUCUUCUGGCCGAGCAAACCCGAGUUUGUGCGCAUGGCGGUCAGGCACGGCGCCGUCAUCGUCCCGUUCGCGGCCGUCGGCGCGGAAGACGGCGUCGACAUCGUGGCGGACGCGGACGACAUCGCGAGACUGCCCUUCGGCCUCGGCGAAGCCGCCAUCGAGCGAUCCCGCGCCGUUCCCAGCGCGAGAGCCGUCGACACCCGCGUCACCGACGACGGCGUCGGCGAGGAGACGUUCGUUCAGCCCCUCGUGGUGCCCAAGACCCCGCGUCGGUAUUACUUCAAGUUCGGCGCGCCCGUGUACACCGCCGGGCUGAGGGAGACCGGGUUCGCGGACGACGACGAGGCUGUUCAGGCGAUGUACGACGGCGUCAAGGCGGACGUCGAGGAGGGCAUCGACUGGCUGCUCAGGCGCCGCCGCGACGACCCGUUCGGGGAUACCGCGUAUAGGGUACUCUACGAGGCGGCGAGCGGUAAACCGGCCGGGACGUUCUACGCGGACGAAAACGUCGAGACGAGGGCGUGA